AACCCUGGCUACGGUGCUUAAGUGCUAAAGUGCGGUGUAGUGUUGUACGACAUUUUCUCUCGUUCUUCUAGAAAAAGCGGAAUUAAAGAGAUCAAAAGACUAGUGCGAUAAAUACACUUUUCGGCAUUUCACACAUUUUAUUACUAGUUAGUGGUAUUAGUUUCCGCAUGAAGUGAGCCACUGACGCUGGAAGGAAAAAUGGACCGGAAACUUUUACUCUAUGUUGAAAAUGUAUCCCCGAGCGGCAACGAGGAGAAUUUUAUAAGCUAUCUGCAAAAAUGGGCCCCGGUAUUGGACGUUUACUUUUUGAAGGAAAAACAGUGCACUAAGCGGUCAUUGGCAGCAUUUAUCCGUGUGGCAAGUGAAGCCGAUUUGCAGCAGAUACUGGAUAGAAAUCAGCAAAACUAUCGUGGCAAACGACUCUUCAUGUUGCGCGCUGACCAGCCGCAGUAUUUCCAAGCCGAUGAGACGAUUAUUGUCAGGAAUAUUAACCAGAAAAUGUCGGAGGAAACUCUCUACGAUCAUUUCGAAGAGUGCGGGCCCAUAACGCAUGUACAAGUUCGAACUGACGAUUUUGCAUAUAUUGGAUUUCAAGAUAAAGUAGGGGCGAAAAAUGCUAUGGCGAAAAAUAAUAUGCCUUUGAAAAACUCCAAUUUAAAGAUUCAGUUGUUGACUCGCAAUGUGGAAAUUAUGAUUGUUGAUCUAAACACGUUGCAAAACAAAAUGCCGCAACUAUACCGUAAGCUCUGCAUGCCUGUUCAGCCCAGACCGGCUGCUGUAAAACAGCAACAGUCAGAUUACGCACAAGAAGAGCCUCAGAAAGUAGAAGAAAUGCAACAGCAAGUAGAUCAGAGGCCUCAGGUGGUGCAGCAACAACAGCAAAACCGGAAUAAGCAGCAGCAGCAACAAAAACAAAACCAGCAGCAGCAAUCAAAUCAGCAACAAAAUCGACAACAACAACAGCAGCAGCAGCAGCCAAACCAACAGCCGCAGCAGCAAAAAAAUCAGCCAGCUCAACAGUCUCAACCAAAUCGACAACAACAGCAGCAACAACAACAGCAACAGAACUGGCAAAAACAACCGCAACAAAAUCGGCAACAACAACAGCAACAAAAUCGGCAGCAACAACAGCAACAAAAUCGGCCACAACAGCAGCAACAAAAUCGGCAACAACAAGAGCAACAAAAUCGGCAACAACCUCAACAGCAACAAAACCGUCAACAACCUCAACAGCAACAAAACCGUCAACAACCGCAACAGCAAAACCGACAGCAGCAACAGAAUCAGCAGCAGCAACAACAACAAAACCGACAACAACCGCAGCAACAGAACCAUCAGCAGCAGCAACAAAAUAACCAAGGGCAUCAAGGAAACAAACAGCAAUCAAAUCAGCCCAAGCCAAACGUUUGGCAGAAGCAGAAUCCAUUUAAUCAGGAACCACUCCCACAAAGAGCACAGCCAAGUAAACCACAAACUGAGGAAGUGCUUCCAGCCCUUUCACCGGCACCUCCUGUCAAUGAUUCAAAUGUCGCCAAACCCAGCGAGGAGGAGCCUGAUGUCAUCGUGUUGGAUCCACCACAAGCGGAACAACCCACCGUUGAAGAUGAUGUAGAUUUAGACGUUCAAUUUGUGGCGGAGCACAAUCCGGACCUACCGCCGAUUCCGUCUGAGUAUCAAGCGAAACCAGACGAUGUUAUGCGCUGUGUAAAGGCGUCGGAAAUCAAGAUGAUCCCUGCCGAAGUGAAAGAUCUUGCCGAUAAAUGUGCUGUGUGGGUAAACAACAUCCCGUCGGAGACACGUCGUAUCGAACUUAUCGAAUAUAUGGAACAGUUUGGCAGUGUACUCAACUGCAAGAUAAAACCAUCGACGUGCAGUUUUUUCACGAAGUGGGCAAAAAUAACGUUCAUUAGCGAACAGGUUGCGGAGAAAGCCGCGGAAUAUUUCCUGCACCCAUUCCAGGGACGCUAUCUGUUCGUGCUAUCCUGUAAGAAGUGCGUGGAGGAAACCUCGGAACGCACGUUCGUUAUUGAUUACUUGUCGAAGUAUACAACGUAUGAAGAGGUCGCUGCCGCCUUCAAACCUGUGGGCGAAGUUUUUUACCUGGUGCGAUUGUACGGCAAUUCUUUUAAAUCUCGUAUAUUUUUCGUUAAUGAUGUUAAUAAAGAAGACGUCCUAGCGGUGAAAUCCGUCAAUGGAAUUCCUAUCAACGUAGAACCGUUCACUAAGGGUAUGGGACUUAAAAAUACAAAGGCUAAACUGAAAGAGUUGAUUGCAACGAGAGAAAAAGUGGAUGCAGAAAAAACUGCGAGGUUAGAGAAAAUUAAUGAGAUCACGCAGUUAGAUGCGGGCGCUCCAUGUAUUCCAAGAUUAUAUACUAACACCGAUCCUGAGAGACAUCCUGUCGAAGUAAUUGUGCAGAACGUUCCAAAAGGAACUAGUAAUGAGCAGAUCACUCGCAUCUUUGCAAGCAUUGGCAAGCCUAUUUCCAUUCGUCGUGAACCAGAGCCGCAUGAUAAGACAGUGGAGCGUAUUUUUGUCGGCUUUCUCACUUUGUCGAAAGCUUUGAAAGCAGCGGAUAUAUCACCGGAAACCACAUUUGCCGGACAUAAUUUGUUCAUUUACACAGCCUGGACUACUGCCCAAAAAUCAGCAAAUAACACGUUGAUGUUGAAGAUGGCGUCAGCGGUAACCAUUCAGGCGGUUUACAAUGAAAUGUCACGUUUCGGUCGCGUUCGUUAUGUUCAGAUGGAUGAUGAUAAGCAAGCUACAGUUAUAUUCUUCGGAUUGGAAAGCGGACCGGUAGUCAGUGCAAGAUCAGCUACGACAAUCGGUGAUGUGAAAAUUAUAAGCAAAGUACGAUUGGACGGUCCAAGUACAAUUAUAAAAUCCGAUGGACCCAUUGUUAUUGACGAUGAAGUGGAAAUAGUUGCAGUUGAGCCGGCCGGCUCUGUUAAGAAGUCUGCCCCGAAUGCUUCCGCAAAGGGAAAUAAACCGCCGCAGCAACAAUCGAACAAAGAACAGCGGCAGCCAAAACAGCAGCAAACAAAUCAACACCAGGCAAGGCAGCAACAGCAGCAGCAACAGAAAGGACCGCAAAAAUCAUCCAAUGCAGGAGGAUCUCAAAAUAUGCGGCCAAAGCUCCGAAAUCCUUUCAGUGAGCAACAGCAAAGACCAUCACGACGUGACGGCCCGAACCAACAACAGGUCAAUCCAUGGAAUGUUCCGGACUAUAGAAUGGACGAUCCACCAUUGCAACAACGCAAUGAACACAACCCGUGGCAGAAUCAAAGAAUGCAGCAGGAUCAUCGUGAUCGUUUUGAUUACGAGCGCGCACAAUUCGAGCGGGGAAUAAUGCCGCUGAUGGAUGAUGAUUUCAAUCGAAGCCGAAUGGACGACCCACCUUUGGAUCGUUGGAAUGAACCCCAAUAUUCCAAUCAAUUUAGUCCGCCACGGCAGCGUUCACCAUUUGAGCAAAACUAUCACGGUUGGAAUGAUGGCGGCCGAGGUGGAGAAUCUCCUUUGAACAUCCCUCCGAACAUUGCGGAUGAUGAUAUAGACACCUACAUAAUGCAAAAGCAAUUAGCUAUCGAGCGUCGGCUGGAGCAACUGGACAAGCAGUUGACGGUUUCAGGCGAUUCGAGGCGAGGUCGCAACUCAGACGAUAUGAGACGUCGACGCGAUGACAUCGUCUUCAGUGACAAUGGUGAUGUGCACUACGUUCCCAAUCCGGCGGCAAGAUUCCGCGACAGCCGUCGAGUGAACCGUAAUCGUCAGAACGGUAGAGGUCGCCUUGUUCCGAUGGCUAGCCGCCGGACCCAUGAUCCCUUCGAUGACAUCGAGGUGACCACCAUUAACGUUCCCAAUUCCAACGAUCGCUCGCCGUCACCGAAAAGAAUGCGCAACUAUCAGGAGGACGACUUCGACGCCGAGCGUUUCAAUGCAGCGUGGUGUUGAAGGGCAUGAUAUAUGGCCGGGAUAAUUUUUUUUAAAUGUUCUGUACUCACAUUAGGUGGCUAAAAAUUGGUACUCGACAGUACAAGUAUCGCUUUUUAGCCAAUACAUGCUUUGACUUACAGAUUUACGAUGUAAUGCGUAUUAAUAAUUAAAUGAAUAAAGUUUAGCCCUCAAUAA